AUGCUUGAUUUAUUUAUGUCAAUUCUUUUCUGGAAUGUGAGAGGUGCUGCUGGGAAAGAUUUUGGUCGUGUGUUGAAAAAUCUAGUUAUGAGUCAUCAUAUUUGCAUGAUAGUUCUAUUAGAACCUAGAGCUAACAAUUCUUCUGGUUCAAAGAUCAUGAAAAAGUGUGGUUUUAAUAGCUGUUAUGUGGAAGAAGCCCAGAGGUUCUCUGGUGGAAUCUGGAUUAUGUGGGAUUCAAAUAAGAUUAAUGUGGAGCCAGUUUCUCAAUUUGACCAAAUGAUUCACUCAAAAGUCACUCUUAAGAAUGGGAACAGUUUUCUUUGUACAACGGUAUAUGCUAGUCCAAGGGAAGCAAGGAGAUUCUAUUUGUGGCAUGAUUUGAAGAGAAUUAGCAGGAACAUGGCUGAGCCUUGGCUGGUUGGAGGAGAUUUUAAUGAAAUUGCAGCUGCAUCAGAAAAGAAAGGAGGAUCUCCUCCAAAUUAUACAAAAUGCCAGUUCUUCAAAGAAAUUCUUGAUGAUUGUCAAUUAGAGGAUUUGGGAUUCACAGGAUCUAAAUUCACUUGGCAAGGUCCAAAAUGGGCUUAA